AUGAAAUAUACUAUUGUUAUUUUAUUGUUAUUUAUUCCAUUUAAUAUUUAUAUACAUGGUGCUGCUAGAUUUGAUGCAUGGGAAGAAGUUAGUAUUGAAGAUGACAAAAUUAAAAAUUAUGCUUUAAAAGGUUUAGAAGAAUAUAAAAAAACAAUUACAGAACCGUUAGAAUUUCGUAGACUCAUAGAUGCACAAAAAAAAGUUGCUGCUGAUGUACGAUACAGAAUAAAUUUUUUAGGAAGAGUAAAAGGUUGUCCUUUAGGUGGAGGAUGUACUAGACGUUUUCGUGUCAAAGUGAUAGAAAAUUCUAAUGGUGAUCUAUUAAGUAUGGAAAUUAUAUUGAAAGCCAGUAGUUAA